CAAUUGUUCGUUCUCGCGUCGCGUUCCUUUCAAAUCGGCGGCCAAAACCGCGUCACGACACUCCCAGUUCUGCCACCACCUCAGCUCAGCCAAUCCGGGAUGUUCGCGCAAUAUCUACUUUGAGGUUAUGUCUCAACUCAGCCAUUGUCUGCCGGCCGCCGACACCACCAUAACACACACCAUACACCACCAACAAUCAUUGUACAAAUCGUUGCCAAAGACAUUCCAAAUAUCUACUUCUCUAGUUUCAUGUGAAUAGUUUUGUGUUGCUUUCUCAGAAAACCGCCUUUUUUACAACAAAGCUACCAAUAUUUUUUAGUGUUCUCUUCUGGGAAAGUUUUGAUCUGCUUGUGUGCUACAUUAGUGGGAAACUUGGGAGAGGUCCAGUCUAGUUUUUAAAUAAUAUUUUCCAAAAUCUUCUAUGUUGUGUUCCAAUGAUGUCAAGUGUUUGCUUAUAAAGAGGAUUAUCGGACCAGAACGUGACCAACGGAUUAAUUGAUUUGAUUAGAUUUACUAAGUGUUUUUAAGUGGGUUAAUAGUUGAAUUCUUGAAAACUGAAAUAUUUCAGGAAUUUUGUUGCUUGAGGUAUAAGUAGACUUUGAAUUAAAGUCAAUUCGUCCAACUAUAAUGUUAAUAAUGAACUCAACGUUAUUUCUAUGGGAAUAUUCUGACUGGAAUUAGUAACAGCGUCCUGGUAAUACAACGAAAUGUGUUCAGAUGCCGCAACGAGUGCCUACAGCCGGUUACACGCCCCCACCCAGCUACGACUUCAGUGCAGUUUUCGCAGCUGACAGCUUCGACCUGUCACUGCUGCCCGGAUCUGACGCCGUCUCCGACUGCACGCAGCUGCUGUCGCUCUAUUACGACGCUGACUGCAUCGCCGACCCCGAUCCGCCCCACAUGCUCCCUGCCGCCUCCUGUCAGCCGCCCCUCGACCAAAUCAAGUUCAAGCCGCAGCCGCCUCCGCCGCAGCAGCAGGAAAUCAAGCAAGAGCCGUACUCUCCGGCCGCUUCAUCGUUCUUCUACAACAGUCCGCCCUAUCGCUGCGACGAUUCGCCCAUCGCUCUCCAGUUCGGAUCCGAUAUCAACGUCAAGCAGGAGGUUUGCCUCGAUUUGGGCGCCAUUCUUCAGGAAUCCAGGUAUCUGCAGGAAUUCUACGCCGACAGCCACCGGGAUCAAGAAGAACGCAAGGAUUCAAUAAUCAGAUCGAUUCUUGAGAAGGAUCCAAAGCCACAAGUCCAGCAACAGCAGGAGCAGGAGUCCGAUCACCGUCUCCUGAGGGAAGUGCUGAAGGACACGAGCUUCCAGAGGAAGUACAACCUGAAGCCCUUCGAUCUGGGCGGCCUAGGCACCGCCUACAAGGUGAAGAUGGAAGAGGAGUCCAAGAACUCCUGCUCUUCCUCUUCAGCCAGUGUUCCAGCCAGCAGUGCCGCUUCAGCUGUCGUCGAUCUGCCCCAGGAGUCAUUCGUUGAGCCAAUGAUCUCCAUGGCCAUCGAGCAGCUCAAGGAAGAUGUCGUCAACACGUGCUCAGCGCUCGGCAUUCCUCGCGAUCCGAUAGGUUGGACCGAAGAGGACGUGCGUGCGUGGAUGACAUGGAACCUCCGUCAGUACAAUCACGCCGUGAUGGUGGCUGACUAUUUCUGCAUGCCUGGCGCCAGCCUCGUUCAGCUCUCAGAGGACGAGUUCCAGAGAAGAGCUCCACAGUGUGGUAGUCUUCUCUAUGCACAACUAGAAAUCUGGAAAGCUGCCUGCUUGGAAGAGACCAACGUAGACGUCAGUGCUUUGCUGCAAGACACAUCAACACAAUCCAGCAGCUCAUGCGGCGAUGCAUCAGAUGAUGAGGACGAUGACGAGAUGGCUCAUUCUCCUAGCAUGUCAUCGCAGGCUUCUUCGCACUCCGGAGGCGGCAAGGUGGCCUCCAGUCGCAGCGGAGGUGGCGGGGGCGGUUCGCACAUCCACCUCUGGCAGUUCCUCAAGGAGCUGCUCGCCUCCCCGCAGCUGCACGGCUCCUGCAUCCGGUGGUUGGACCGCACCAAGGGAGUCUUCAAGAUCGAGGACUCUGUGAGAGUCGCCCGUCUCUGGGGCAAACGCAAGAACCGGCCCGCAAUGAACUACGACAAGCUGUCACGCAGCAUCAGGCAGUACUACAAGAAGGGCAUCAUGAAGAAAACUGAACGAUCUCAGAGGCUGGUCUAUCAGUUCUGUCAUCCCUACAGUCAGUAGGCUCUCCCCACACUCUUGUAUCUCGUUCAAUCACGACUAUGUCUUUUAGUAACCGCCCACUGUUGAAAAUUUUGUGAAAAUUUGACAUCUUAACAACGCAUUAUUACAAGAGAUUCUUGUGAUUGAACGACUUGACAAGUUUCUGUAUCUCCACGUAGUUCUAGUUGACACGCUUUCCUUGUCACAUCUGGCUUGUUCUCCGGCUUAAUUUUUAAGCUUCUGUGAUGAACUAGUCAGAUCCAAGGAAACAUCAAGUAUGCCGAUUAGGCAGUAUAUUAACAUUAUUAAUCUAAGUAUAAUAUAUUUUCUAACAUUGUUCGAGAAAGUUUCUCAUCUAGGUUUAUGUUAAGUGCGGAGUAAAAACUCUUGGAAGGUAAUUUCCAUUGAGUUUUGACCGCCUAUUCGUUAGAAGUAUACUAACGUUUAAGGAAAACAUUGUUAGCCAGCAGAAAUGUUGGCCAAAUUAUUGUUAUCCACUGAUCAUGCAUGCAACAAAAGUACGCUCACACUUGCGGUUCUAUUGGAAGAGUUUACGUGGUUGAUAUUGGAUAAGCUCAUCCUGUGUUUACUCUAGCAAAAACAAAUUUUUCUCAUUUCCUUGAUCUACAAAGUAAGAUUCUUCAUGUCCCUUUAUUUCAAAAUAUUAUUCUCAUAGGUGUUCUAAUUCAGAUUUAUUAGAAUCUCUUAGUUUUAAAUUGAGUUUCCAGCAAUGAGCAUUCGCUAUUUCUUAUAAAUUCCAGCAGGAGACUUAUUUCCACUUUAUCUUCCACAUCAAACCAAACUUCCAAGCUGACCGCGAAGUGGUGGAGCGUACAGGUUGACAUGCUACACUGAUUCAGUGUCUCUAGCCCAUAUAUCUAUGAUAUAUCCGAGAGUAAGUUCUGUGAACAAAUGUAAUAAUACUCAUUUUAUAUGUUAUUGUAUAGUGCUCAUGUAAUGUGUAGUCUCUCAAGACAUUUUUAAUUGUGAAUCAUGCCAUAUGUAUUGUGUACAGUGUAGUUUCAUAAUUGAUUUGAUUUAUAUUUUGUAUUGUUGUUGUUAUUUCUCAAUGCUAGUAUGUAGGCUACUUAUUUUUUCUUCCCUUCAAAGUGUUUAUGUUCAUUUCCGUUUUUGCUUUUCAUACUUAUAAGUAUUAUAUGAAUUCAUCAUUGUUUUCACCUGGACAUUUUUUUAAUUUAUCAUGAAUUCAUUUUUCAAGUACUCAUAUUUAUGUAUUGUUUCUCAAGGUGAUUAAAACCUAAGUUUUAUACUUCAUGCUACUCCACUAACAAUAUCAUACCAUUAGCCUAUUAUUAAAUUUUGAGCUCUCCUCAUAAAUAUAAAUUCACACACUAUUUUUCAACUAUUGCAAAAUAAUUUUUCUCUAGCCAUAUCUUGAACUAGGCUUCUUUCAUAGCACAUUUUACAUCCCUAGGUACUAUACUCACACUCAAAAUACUUCUUACAAGGCUGUAUUAUUCUCAUUACCGUACACUUGUUCUGUAAAAACUAUAAAUAAUCAUGUUACCAAAUAAGGGAGAACUAGCAUAGAAAUUAUAGAUAUAAUCACAAGUAAAUGUAUCCCAUUCCCUGAUCGAUGAAAUAAGUAGUAUUUCAUCUGGAGUAUUAUAAUGUGUUAAUAUUUAAGUUUUGUUUCGUAUUUUUAGAUGUGAUUUUUUAAAUACUCCAAUCUAAUUCUAUGUAUCUCGAGUAGACUUGGUUGAGUUCUGAGAUACUUGGUAUUUUUAUUUAAAAAUUGAAAUAAUAUUAUCUUCAUAUUUUCAAAUAGCUUAGAAACUCAUAUCUGUCUAUAGUCAUAUUAUUUUUAUUUGUUCUAUAUUUAUUGAUGUCCACAAAUUCUAACAUAAAUAAUGUUAAUAGUAUCAUAAUUUGUAUGGAAAUCUGGGAAUUAUUUAAUCUACAAUAUAACUUAUAAUCUCUUGAAUAAUAUCAUGAUUCUCUCUAUUCUUAUCAAUAAUUCACACAUAUUGUUUAAAGAUCUCUUAAUUUAAUUUCUGUCAUGGAAAUAUUAGUUUCAUUCUACAAUGCAAGCAGAAAUUCCAAUAGAUUAUUGCCUUUAAAAAUGUAUUUUUGAAACCUUUCAACUAGGUAAUCUAUCCCUGCUCUUUCCAUUUCAUUUUGAAAGAAUAUGAGAAUAACUUUCUCACUCCAUACUGUAAUUUGAUUGGAGCUAAAAAUAUUAAUUUAUAAUAAUUUGUAAAACAUUUGCUCAAAAAGAUUGAAGUGGAUUGUUAUUAUUAUUGCAUGUGAUAUUGUAACAUGAUAAAAUUGAAAUAAAUUUGUAAGUGGA